AUGCCCCCGCGGCGCAGAGACGAGGUCCUUGAGCAUCUAAAGACGUGCAAGAUAUUUCAUUCUGCCGGCCAUGGGCAGUCUGAUGCAGCAGAUCCUUCGCGAAGCUGCUUGCUCCUCGAGGAUUGGGAGACGAAUCCGCUGACGACGGGCGCGCUUCGUGAUCACAGGUUGCAAGACAACCCUCCGUUCUUCGCCUACCUUUCCGGUUGCUCAACCCGGGCCAAUGAGUCCGACAGAUUCGCCGAUGAGGAAGUCCAUCUUGCCCAAGCCUUCCAGCUCGAUGGGUUCCGGCAUCACGAAGGCGUGACAGACCAGGCCGUCUGUAGAGGUCUCCACCGUGCUUUCAGGGCGCUGCGGGGUGGUCGGAUCGAGAUGGAAUGGCGAGACAUGAAUACUGCUCUGUCGAGACGAGGCGCUGAGAUUAGGGAUAUUGUUGGUUGCGACGAGGAUACUAAGCCACUUUACUGGGUUCCCUAUGUUCACUUUGGCGUAUAA